ACUCUAGCAAACUAGCUUGAUCGCUGGGCAACGCUCUCCAGCAUCUGUAACGGUUAAAUGUUCAGGCAAUUGUCUGAAAAGUACACGUAUAUUUUUCUUGUCACUACAACAGACAUAUUUAUUGCGAAGCGCGCGCCUCGUUUUGAUUACCUGCGCUGUGCGACUUCGCGGGUUCCCUCGCCGGCGUCUACUGCACACGGAACCACGCGCUGAAAGUGCUUCGCAAGUGACUCGUGAGGCCACUGUGUAUAAUAAGACAGCGCGGAAACGACACACGAGUGGCUCAUGAUUCUGCCAGGACGUCGGUCAUCGCGCACCGAUGGAGAAGAAUCGAGGGGGUUUUGCACGGCUGAGGACAACGCCGAGGCGUCAACCAUUUUCGCAGCCGCAAAGUAGCAUUAGCUCGCCGCAGCCUUCGGCCACUUCUGCCGAGCAUCCGUGGACAACAAGCGACGUCGACCAGCUCGUGGAACUGAUCGCAGCCCGCGCCUCUGUACUACUGGGCCCUGUGGACGGCACUUCGAAGCGCGUAGCUUGGGAAGAAGUAUCUCAGCGGCUCAAGAGGGCCGACGACGAAGUCCGGCGCAAGUGGACGGGCAUCGUCGCCGAUCUGCGCCAGGGCAAGCGUUCGACGCCGUUCAAGCCGUACGAAUUAGCCGCGUUGAAAGCGCUUGGCGCUGCAGAGCGGCCCGGCGAGCGCUCGCGCCCACCGAUGUCGCAAGCGUCGCAGGAGCCUCUGCAACUCCAAAUCGUCCCUACAAGUGUGCGAUCUAUCACGACCGACACCUUCCUGCAGCAGGAGAAUACUGCACGUCGGUCACUGACGCCUACAAUGACGUCCGUGAGCUCCUCGGUCGGCAUCAACACGGCAGCGGCUGGCCUGACCAUCGUGGCGUUGAAUCGCGAAGUGUCUAUCACACCGGUGAAGCCACCUCAGCCGCCACCAAGCAACUCGCGAGAUUCGUCGGAAGAGCUGCAGGUGCUGCGCUUCUGCAAUUCGGUGCACACACAGACACCACCUGAGCAUGACGAGCCUAGUGCCAAGAAAGCACGCCAUGGCUCUUCCUCUCAAGCUGACACAACCAGCCUACUGCAGAGGCUUGUGUGUCUGGAGGAACGUCGAGUUGCACUGCAGCAGGAACAGCUGUCCGUCGACCGUGAAAAAGUGAAGUGCGUGCGUGAUCUGUUGGCUGUCCUGGGCAAAAACGACAAAACAGCGCCUGUGCCAAAUGGAGAUCUGGUGGCUGCUGUAGUGUCGUCUGCAUUGUAGACUGGUCGGCCUGGUCAGCUGUGUGCACUUUGACCAAGCUGUACAUGAUUCUGAGCUAUCAGUGCAUUGUAACAUUAUACGAGUGAAUUUAGGGGGUAUGCUGGCUUAGGGACAGAAGAUAGUAGACCAUGUGAGCACCAACGAAGCUGCAUUGCGGCAACACCUAGUGGUCCAGCAUUCUGGUUUCGAGUGAGUGCUGCGUACAUCAAUUUCAUUCUAGCAGGGAUGGUCAUUCGAGAGGGCUCAAACAGCAUGUUUUGCUUCACCAGGCCCGAGUCCAUUGAGAAGAAAACAAAAAUGUUAUUUAGCUCAGGAAAGUCAAAGAAGAAGUGCUUUCAAACAAGCAUCAUGCGUUGCAAGGUGGGGAAACUUCUUUGCUUAGCAUGACAACAUGCCGCAUGUACUACUGUUGGGGAGUCCGUUUUGUGCUCCUGUGGGCACCAAGUGAUUGGCCCAAACUCGCAACUAAAGUCUGGACAGCCAUAUAAUGCAGCAGAGUUGAGCAUAGUAAGGGCAAACAGAAACGAUGUGGACAGGACUCAAUCCUGUCUACAUCACUUCGUUUUGCUUUUAUUUCGCUCAGUGACACACAAUGCACCAGCUGGCCUAACAGUCAACGAUUCUGUAGCAGAGCAGUUUGGGUGACAUUCAGCAUGGUCCACAAGCUUUUGUCCCUUAUCUUGCUUGUUGUACAUGGACACAACAGAGCCAUGACUGCAUGCAAAAUUAGGGAACGAUGUUCUAUUUAUUUUUAACACGCAUAUUUUAACACGCACUUUCACUGUGGAUACCUUCUGGUAGCACCAUUUGGCAUUAGCUGUGAAGAACAUGGAGGAUGUGCUUUGUAAUGAUAAGUGUUGUUGAUAGUACAACUACUAAUUGUUUCAGCCAAACACUGAUCAUUACACAGGUGUAAAGCUCGGUGAUUCUCUUCAUUUUCUUGUAACUGAGGUUCCAAUGGAAUUGCUGUUUCCUGUGUAAGCUCUUACUGUGUUUGCAGUGCUUCAGAAAAAUCAGUUGUGUUGGUAAAGCACCAUAAACAGUUGUACAGGAGUUGGGUUAAAACAAUUGCUGUUUGGGAAACCUUAAUGGCAUUGACAUUUUCUGUUCUUGCCCAAGCAUGCGCUCACUUUGUGCAUAGAGGUCACUUGUGAAUGUUGGCCACAUGACUGUGCUGCCUUCAGCAAAGUUCAUGUGUGUUGUAUUGGCUUGAACGACAUAUGGUAAGUUUUCACAAUUUAGAAGCCUUACAAACAUUUAUCUAUGAGUGCUUUAUAGAGAAGUUUGCUUGAAUGAUGAAUCUGCCUCGAGGAGAAAAGCUCACCAUUGAGUGAUGCAGUCAUCACAUCUGUUUUCAGUUAAGCGAAGAUUGCAUUUGCAGUCAGUGAGCAACGUCCAUGCCCAUCACAGGAAUAAAAAUUGCUUGUUACUAAGCAAGUGCUCUCAAUUAAAGUGUUUAGCGUUCACAUUUUUAUACAGCUGUCGAUGUCAGCACUGUUAUGGUUUGACCUGCUGCAGGACUAAAGAGGAGAGGAGGAAAAAAUUGUUGGGAGUUAACCUGAUGCAUCAUUGGUUUGCUACCUUACACGAGGGAACAUGUAAAGGGGUUUACAAUACUGUAAGUGGGCAUAACAGUAUUAGUAAGCAAAUCAGUUUUUAUGGCUAUGUUUAAUUUAUACCACGUGCAUCUAACAGGAGUUCUUGACUGCAAGCUGUGUGUUGAUCUGUAUUCACACAUGAACACUUUCUUUUACCUUAAUAAUUCUGCAUGCACAUAAAAUUCACGUGGACAAACUGGCAUUACCAUCGUCUUCUGUGGGCAGAAGAAAAUUUUCGUUGGGCAGGUUGAGCUUGUAAAGCCUUGAGUAUGCUUUCAUACGCUUACAGCAGAAUGCAUUAAGCAUCACAGCUUAGCUAGAAGUAGUCUGCAUUCCUAAGUGACUGUGAAAGGUCUCGUUUGGGUUACUCGUGAAGUUUCCAUAAUGUAAAUACUGCAUUCUUGUGGCCACUGGUGCCAAUUUGUGAAUACAGCCUCCGACAGUACGGCCUGUACAAAGUGCCCACUUGUGAAUACGGCCUCUGACAGUAGGGCCAGUACAAAGUACAUUGUGAACAUGUUGUGCAUCAAAUGAACACCACACAUUCUGAAACUGCACAAGAAUGUUGCAGUAACUAGUCAGACCUGCUCUUGUCGUUCUGAAAUGUAAGAGCAAUGUGACAUUUAAUUUCAUAGGCCCCAUAUUCUGUGGUCUGUAACAUCAUUGCUGCACACCAUGAUGAAAAGUAAAACCAGAGUGCUUUGAUAACUUUUUCUCUGGCAAUGAAACUUCUAUGCAGCUUUUGAUUUAAAGAAUUGCACGCUUAGUGGUAUUCACCUAAAUGCACCACUUCCUGUGCUGUCUCCUGCAACACUGCAGCAGAAAAGCUCGCUUGAAUGUGCAUGCAAGUUAGCCUCCUCCAGCCAAUGGCUAAGUGCCCUCUGAACAAUGCUGCACCACAUCCCGGCUACUUGUGCAGUAUAGUAAGCUUUCUCACGUAAGUUUUGUAACCAGAAAAAGUUAUCAAAGGACUCUGGUACAACAUAGUCUACAAGGGCUAUUUUCUUUCUUUCAAGGUGCGACCGGUUGUGAAGUGAAAACCACUGUGAAAAUCAAAAUUUUGUUUAGAACAUUUAGAUACACUUUCCAGCUACUUCUCUACAUAGUCGCCGCACCGACUGAGACAUUUUUCGUAGUGUGGUACUAACUUUUCUAUGCCCUCAUCAUAGGCAGCCGGCUGUACUUUCAGCCAAUUCUGUACAUUGGUCGGCAGCUUGUUGUCUGAGUCAAACUCCUGUCCUCAUAGCGUAGCCAGCGCUUCAUGUGAGCAAAGAGAUGGUAUAAUCAGAGGGAGCGAAGUCCGGGCUUUACGGUGAGGGAAUCACACUUCCCGUCAAAAACGCAGCAGGAGCUUCCUUGUUGCAGCUGCACUGUGCGGACAUGCAUUAUCGUGAAGAAGGACAAUUCCUGAUGACAUCGUUCAUCUUUGCUUGUUCUAGAUUGCCUUUCGUAGCUGUUCAAGAGUCGCGCUGUAUGAGGCUGCAGUGAUAGUCAUGCCACAUUCCAUGAAUUCCACCAAGAGAACACCAUUUCUGUCCGAGAACACAGUAACCAUACACUUUCUGCUGGAGAAGGUUCGCUAAGACUUCUUUUGCUUUCAGAGAAUCCACUGUUUGGAUUGCUCUUUUUGUUUCUUCAAUUUCAAAACAGACCCAUGUCUCGUCCCCUGUGACGAUUUUCUUAAAAAGAUCUCCUUUAUCAUGGUAGUGCUGGAGCAACAUUAAGAAGCUGACUGACCAUCACAAAAGACAGAAUGGGCGCAGCGCCCAUUCUCUGUCUUUUGUGAUGGUCAGUCAGCUUCUUGGAGAACUCUUCUCGCAAAGAGAUUGUGGUACUGGAGUCUCCCACUCACAAUGGUAUAGAGAUCUGAGUGUGAAAUUUUGGGAAACAAAUAACUCAACAUAGAAAUUGUGAACCGAUGAUUUUCUUGAAUUGCCUGAUCCACUCUCUGAACAACAAAAUUGAUUGGCACUCACUUCCUUCCCUGCCCACCUGCAUCGUGAACGUCUGUGCAUCCUGCUUCAAAGUUCCGGCACCACUGCCACACUUUGCUGUCACUCAUGAAAGUUGUACCGUACACAUUAGUCACUCGAUGAAUUUCAGCUGCAUUGCACCCCUCAGCAUGCAGAAAUCGAAUGAAAGCAUGCACUUCACACUAAGUGGGCAACUCUACUGUUUGAGGCAUGUUUACAUGCUCACUGUGCACUCGGAAUUUACAACUGGGAACUCACGCGAUCGACAGGCAUACUAGAGACACUGUGCAACAGAUCUGCACUCAGCACCAUCAGAUUUUCACUGUGGUCUUCAUUUCACGACCGAUCAGACUUUUAAAAAAAAUACUUUCGUAUUUUGGUUCUCCUGCAGUCAUGAAAACGUUAUGUUGGGCCCCCCCACUCAUAGAUGCAUCUGUGGAAUCUCACUUUGCAAGAGCUACUAUGUCUUUUCACUGCCACUAGUUCAUUUAUUAUGAUUAACUAUGUGUGGCAUAUGUGCGCUUGAUCUGGCCUUAGACAGUGCAGGAGAUGGAAGAUCGACUGAGGAUGUGUGUACCAAAGACCAUGAUGCUGCACUUUUCAGAAGCAUGCAACUGACCUAAUCUUACUCACAGCAACUCAGCAGGCUUCGACUUCACCCUUUCAUUACCAUUUGUCUUCAUAAUGUUUAAAUGUUCUUUACUUUUUCCAUUCCUGCAUAUUUUACUAUUUGAAUGAGCGUUUUAUUUAAUCCCUCUGGCAGAAUUUUCAAGGAUCCUGUACUAGUUGUGUUCCUUUUUUUUUUUUUUUUUCACCGCAAUAUGUAUUUGGUACUGCUUAGCACAUACAUCAUGGGCCAAUAUGCAAUUGAGUGUCUGAUUUAGGUAGGAAAUUAGUCACUCUUUUUGUUUGCACUUCUAAGCUAAAUGUGCUUGAAUAUUCUUGACAACAAAGGCUGCUUAGCAGGAAGCAGCCAGUGAGGUUUGAAUGGGCACUGGUGCUGUAAUCACUUGAGAAAUGUUUGUUAGAUCCCAUUUAUAUUAGACUUGCUUUCUGGUACCUCUCUGCCGACAUUUGUUGCCAUUUCAACUAGGUUAAUUGGUUACAAAACUAGCCAAAUGUGUGUUAAGGACUUUAUGGUUUCCUCUGCAUGGUGUCUGUUUCGCACCUUAAUUUUUUUUUUUUAUUCAAACUUUUCUGUCGUGUUAGAUGCAUGGUGGAACUAUGGAGAAUAGUGUGUUUAGACUUUUUGUUCCACUAAGAUGAGGCAAGUCACAUUCUUUAUAUAUAUGGUUUUAACUCUGCAAAAUGCCUCUUCAGGAAAUUACAGGCUGCAUUGCUAUGCAUUCUCAGCAAGAUGCUAAGCUUAUUUGUAAUAUAUAUCGUAUACACACAGUAUAACAAUGCUAGCAACACAGGUCUAAAUCUUUGUGUUUGCAUUCCCUUUGACCUUAUUGCUAGCAUUGGUAGGAAUGCUGAGUAAAUGCAAACUUUUUUUUUUUAGGUUCUGCAGAAUUGUUACCUUAAAAGAGAAAAGCUAAGGCUUCUACACAAAUUGUUUCCAUUGUUACUAUAUAAUGAUGAGGUAUGCAGCAAGUUACAAGUUAAAUGUUCAAUAUAAUGUGGCACUUGCCUCAAGAUUAACCAUUUUCAUUAGACAUGUUGAGAUAUGUUAUUAAAUAUAAAGUUUAAGGUUAUUAUUCAAAACUCAUUAGCCCAUUCAGUGUCGCACUUGGAAAUAUUCACUGCAGCCUUUCUGCUCAAUUUGCUUCUUAGCUAACUGGACACGAAACUUGACAGUGAAAAUUCUGGACAUAUAUUUGCGUACAUGUGUGCAUACUUAUGCAACAAGCUUUUGUGUGUUCCAAGCCAUAUGUUGUUUGUUGUCUCUGACAAGUCCGAUGCACUAGCUGUGCAAUAUCUUUAUCAGCCGGCUAGAUAAAAGAAAAUGAAAGAGCAUGGCUUGCCUCAAUGCUCAAAUGAAACAGAAGCUCUCUGCAGUGUGUUGUGUGCCUUGACACAAUGACAGGACUAAGCUUGAUGGAGAAUAUAUUUUGGCAUACAAUAAAAAUUCUUGAAUAGUAACUACCAUGUCCUGAGAAAAGACAGAGAAUGCGGGAGAUGGAAAUUCAAGACAAUGAGCAAAACGUGAACAAGGUGAAUGCAGGAGCCAAUGUUUCGACAAGUGGACUUGUCUUCUUCAAGGAAAGUCUUCUUCUUGAAGAAGACAAGUCCACUUGUCGAAACGUUGGUUCCUGCAUUCACCUUGUUCACGUUUUGCUCAUUACCAUGUCCUGAAUAUUACAUAACCAUCCCAUAUCUCUAAAAUGCAAAUGCAUGCCCAAAAUGCCCUAAUGAGUUUCAUUUUCAAAUUGUACGUCUGUGGCCAUGGCUAAGUGACAUUUAGCCUUUCACUGAAUGUGCACAUUGUGGAAUGAUGCAAUUGCAAAUGUGGAUUUUGCAUAGCGUUUGUAGCAUUCAUAUUAUUAACACGAAUUUGGCCGGGUCGUGAGAAAAGCACCCCGUGUAGAUUGCAUCAAAAGAACUGUAGGAUGUGGACAAGACCUUCCUGCUGUGUCGCUGCAAAGUGUUGUGAAGAUGAAUGUAACCUAUUUCAUGCUGGCUGUGUAGAAGACAGCACAUCCCACUGUACCUUGUGGCAAGUUAAACUUCAAUUACAGCCACACCUAGACACUGCCAAAUGACAUUUCUCGCUUAUUGUGCAAUGAUUUUUUUUUUUGCUUGUUUACAGAAUGGUGAAUACGGUGUCGGUAAUUAUGUAAAUACUGAUGCUACCAAUUUAAUGUUCCUAUUUAUAUUUAUGCCGGAAAAUUAAGAGAGGCACUUUACCCUAAGUAUAGCUUGUUUAUAUCAAGCCCACUUCUCAACACUGUAUAAGCAAGCUUGGUUUCUGUGUUUCAUUCUGGCAUUGACUCAGUUCAGUAGAGUUAUAGUAGUGUUGUGAAAGCAUGGUUCCAAGUAUGAUGCGAGUCAUGUUGUAAAUAAAGUUUGUGAUGAUAUUUCUUUAAUAAAUGAAUAAACAGAAAAUGAUGUGAAUUGUCUCACCAAUAUAAA